GUGCAUACUUCUACGCCAGCACACAUAAAGUUGCGGACAAAAAUGGAUUUAGACUGCGGGACGAAAACGGCAAAGGGGAAGUUAUUAGGAGAUACCGAAAAGAAGGUAUAACGAUCACCUUACCCGAGGGCAAGAAUUUGAACAACGUAAAAAUAUUCUACGUGUGGUGUGAAGAUUUUGAUGUGAAUUUUGGCGACGUAAAAAUACCAAAAAGCUUUGACUACCCUCGCCCACAGAAAAUUGAUCCCUUGAAGGGUGUCCAUGGUAUUUCUUCAGACAACAUUGUUAUCGUGGAUGCCCAGACCUUAUUGGUACCGCACCUGUCAUAUGAUGGAGAAGCACCAGACGCCAAAUUCUGGGUAGGCAGCGGUUCCAAACCAUCACCCCAGGGCAUCAGGGUACCCGACGAAAAUGGUAAAGAAGUUCCAUUGCGGAAAUACGAUAGAAAAACCGUCGUUCUUACCCUACCUGGUGACCUUACCAUUUUCGACAUCGGCCACUUCGGCAUUUGGUGCGAAAAGUUUACUGUGGACUUCGGUCAUGUGCUAAUACCUCAAGGUCUUAAUAUUCCACCAUCCCUGAAGAUGCUUGGAGUCAGUCCCCAGUCCAAGUUGAACUGCGAGGUGCUGUACGAUGACCUGGCAUUUGAGGUGCGUUGGGCGAUAGCGGGAGAGAGCAUUGUGGUGCAACUGGUUGCAAAAUUAGAUAAUGGAGACUACAUGGCAUUUGGAGUUUCUGGAGAUAAUGCGAGAAGUGUCAUGAUUGGAGGAGAUGUUGUUGUAGCCUGGGUAGAUAAAGAGACUCUUAAAGGAUUUGCCGAAGACUACUACCUAGCAGACAAGGCCCAGUGUUCUGGACCCUCAGGAUCCUGCCCUGAUAAUAAACUAUCAUUAGAGGAUAGCAACAGUGUUAAAAUUUUGAACGCAGCUAUGGUGAAUGGUUACUCCAUUGUUACCUUCCAACGUCCCCUGAAAGCAUCUGACGUAUACGACCUUCCAAUUUCGACCAACACUUCCCAAGCCGUCAUCUGGGCCAUAGGACCUCUCAAUCAAAGACGUGAAGUGUCGUUCCACAACCACUACCUCAAAAACAACCUUUUCAUAGACUUCGGUAGACCAGCAAGGUGGAACUGUCCAAUGCCAGAGAAUGAACAACCUUCGAUGGCUCCCGUUCAAAGCAGAAACAAAAUUGAACCAACUGUUGAGAUAGCAGCAUCUGAGCCACCAACCACAAGCGCUCCAACCAGAAAUCCAAAUAGAAGAAGAGGUGGUAGUCGUAAACCUCAACCAACUGAAGAGGGAGCUGUUGAUUCAGAGAAAAGUUCUAGCGUGGCCCAACAGCAACGUAGACGGGGCAGUCAGAGAACAAGUGGUACCUCUACAAGAGCAGUAGCUCCAUCUGCUUCUAUACAAAAGAGGGAAGCAUGGGUGAUUCCACCCAUUAUGUGUUAUGAACCUGAAGAUGGUGUAUUUUACGCACAAAUGGGACCUACUGGAGGAAAAAAAGGAUACCCGGCAAUCACAGGUCAUGUCGGAUGGGGUAUAUCUUGGUAUAUCAACGGUCUUUUAAUUCCGGAAAUUAACGUAGUGAGAGGUAAAACGUAUACAUUCGUAGUAGAAGGUGGACAUGAUUCUGAAGUGUCAGCCAAAUAUCAUCCUUUUUACAUCACAGAUGAUUCAGUUGGUGGCUACGAGUACAAGACGCCAGAAGAAAGGCAGAACAUUCGGAUCUUUGCUGGUGUUCGCCAAGGAAAAACGGGGUCUUUAGAACCAACAGGAACAGGUCGUUUAUGUCACUGGACACAUACGGGCGACGCGGAAGCAGAUGAUUUCGAUUCCUUUGGAGCAUAUCAGAGAACCCUAGAACUAAAAUGUGAUCCAGGCGAACCGGGAGUUAUACAGUGGACUCCAGAUAAAGACACGCCUGAUACUGUUUACUAUCAGUGUUUCACUCACCGUUAUUUGGGAUGGAAAAUCAACGUUCACGAUUCCUGUGACGGACAACCUGCAGCUAGUGAAAUUAUACCAGUAAAAGUAGACGCCCCUGCUGAUUUACAGGACAAAUCGGACAUUGACUUGGACGAAAGUCCGUCUGUUCGCAUCGAGACACGGGUAAAUCCAAAUACUUUAUUUAAAGAAGACAAGGAAGAUAAAGAGUUUAAAUCCACAGUUUCAGAAAAGAAAAUCAUUCCUUCCACACUAGAUCCUCUUCCAUCGACCAGGCAACCUCAAGAGAAGUUACCAAAUGAACCAAUCCCAACCCCAUCACAGCAGAACUAUUUCGACCCGUUUUAUCAGAACACCGGACCGUAUUUUGCACAGCUCACACAUAAUCCAAACCCAUUUGAUCAGACUCAACAUCAACCUCCUCAAAACUUCAGGCCCAGCACACUUCUGAACACUGUACACGAAAAUGCUACACCAAAUUUUAUCCAGGAAAUUGUUCUUUCCUUCACCACAACAAACUCAAGCACAAGUACCACUCCAACUGCAAGUACUACAGAGAAAACCACAACUACUACAGAAAGACCAAGUACGACGACUCAGUUCCCACAAAAAUUUACUGACAAUAUUGCUGUUGCUGCUACCGAUAGGCAAAAUUUAAGUUUUAUUAUGCCUCCUCCUGUUAAUUUACCAGCCAAAUUCAAUACACUAGUAUUGCGUAGACCUCUUGGCCCCCCACCUGGUUAUCCUAAGCGUCCAAUGCAAUUCCCAGUAAAAAUGAUAAUGCGGCCACCCAUGCGACAGUUCCCCAUGCAAAAAGUAACGUACAAAAAAAUUUACAGGCCACAGCAAUACAAAAUACCACAUGUCAUGUCACAUGUCAGACCCUAUGCUCUUCCUUUAGAAAACAAACCCAUGUUCUUCCCCCACAUGCCCCCUAAAACUCCUGUGGCUCCUUCAUAUUUCUUAUCCAAACCACCUCCUCCAACUUACUCCACCCAGUCCCCACCCAUUCAAAACCAAAUGAUAAAUGUAAUUGUUACCGAAUCUAGCAGGACAGAUGAAAUAAGAAAUGUGGAGAUAUCUCCACAGCAGGCUUCUACAGAAAGAGAACCUGAAAUCCAAACUGCCCCUAGCACCUCAAUUAUGGAUAUAACUCCUACUUUUAUACAUCCCGCAUACAACACCGGCUUCAAACCGGGUUCGGUAAAAAUAGAAAGUGGAUUUAAACCUAUUGUAAGCAAGGAAUUCCAGGACAGAAUGGAUAAUAAUGAACCCGAUAUCGAAUACGAAAGUGAAAUGGGGGUAGUUAAUGUGGAUAAUGCCGAUCAAUAUGAAUUUAAACCUAUACAAAACUUUGAGCCUAUGUUUGUUCCUUCUCCCACAGACAAAACUGUUAAAGAGAAGCGUAUUAAAGUUCAGAAGAGGAUACUGAAAAAGCGCUAUUACCCAUAUACAAAAAUAGUUCUGAAACGUCCCCGCAGCUUGCCUGAAACUAUGGAAGAGCCAAUUGCCGAAGCUGCUGAGAGAGUCGAAACUUAUUACUUACCUCCAUCUGACAAUAAAAACAAACCUAUAGAUGUUAUAAGAAAGCCAUCGAAUAUAGACAUAGAAGCACCAGAUUUUUCCAAUAUCGAUUCGCCUCCUGACGUUGUGGUGGCUUACGAUGGGAAAAAAGUAUCAGGACAAAGCCUGACGGCUAAACUAACAGAUCACUCCACCCUUAUAGACCAACGAUUAUCUAAAGCCAGCCAAUACAUUAAGACAAUGCCUCAAGUAGGUAAAUUUAAAGGAGAGCUGCCACCUCUAAAUCCAGCAUUCAUCGAUAAGAAUGCCCCUCAACUUCAAUCAAAAUCUGGUGUUUUAAGUCGUGAUUUGGAUACUCCCUCUCUUCCAUCGUCGUCAUAUUUACCCCAGGGUUUGACUAGGUUGUCCAGGGUGAGGAAAGGAAACAAAGAUGGUGGGAAUAGAAGAAAAAGAGCAGCACAUCACACUCCUGAACAUACAGCCGAACAAGAAAAACGAAUACAUAGCACUCCUAAUUCAUCUACCCAACUGAUACUAUCUGUGAACUCUUACCUCACCAUUUUUAUGGUUGCCUAUUUCCUAAAAUAUUUAUAAUUUUCUAGAUUUGAUGUUAAGUCGUUGUAAGGAUACUUUAAUGUUAUGUUUUAAUAAUUACAAUUCGUUAAUUAUUAUGUAAAUAAAUGUUAAAU